AUGACAGAUAUAUUUCAAACAACUAUCACCCACCAUAGUAGUAGUUCAUCUACAUUGACGCAAGACUUUGCAAAGAUCAUUAAACGAUAUAAAAAGCAUUGUUCGUACAUCACACGUUUAUUGGAAGAAACUGACAGAUCCUAUCGAGAAAUCUACGAUAAAAAUGUGCUCACAUCUGACAAAUUUUCCGAUAUUAAAAUAUCGACAGCUGAUCGUGAAUCUAUCGAGUUAUUGUCUUCAAAACCGUUGGCAUUGAUUGUUUGUUCACAGACGUAUAACGGCAAGGCUCACUUUGUCAACGAGUUCUUGAAUGAAAUAUUACUACCAGAAUCACCAGCUAUUGGAAAGGAUGAUGUUGUGCGCAUGGUCCGCAUUAAGCAUCAUCAAACCACAGGGGCUACUUUGAAUAUAUCUGGUUCAUUUGAACUUCUUGAUACCGAUGGUGCUCAACGAUCCGUUUCUUGGUUAACAGUUCCACGUGAUCUGCUUAUUGUAACCAAUGGAACCGAUUUGAACUCGCACACGGAUGAACACGAUCAAAUUGAGACAGCAUCUCUAGAAAUUCGCAAACCUUUGAAUCUACUUGGUAACAACUUACAACUUCUGAUUACACCAACGAAUCAAAAAAUGAAUGUGCCAGACAUCUAUUCUCAAAUAACAGAAAAUGUUGUUCCUAUUUUUAUUUACAUUAUCGAUCAAGGCCAACUCUUAGAUCAUGAUAUCGAGGAACUAAAAUUAUUUCGUAGAAAUGCACCGAAUCAACCAAUCCUAUUCAUCCGAAGCGAUCAGAGAGAUUCAGCAAAUGAAUCGCCUUCCGAAUCGGGUGAAACGUCAUGUGUACAUAUCUUUCGACAACUAUGCGAUUUAGGAUAUGUCUCUUUAUUAACGACAGACCAUUGUUAUCUACCAUCGGAGAGUACUUCAUCACAAUUUGAUAGCGAUAUGAUUGAUAACGGAUUGAGCAAUUUUUCAUCGUUUUUAAAUUAUAUUCGAAAACAUAUCGAUCGAUUAACAAUUCAAGCCGUGAGUAUCAUACAGCGAUCGCAUGAAUUAUGUCUUGAUCUUUUCAACGAUAGUGCGUUCGAUAUGGCGAGGGAUAUAUUGAUUACACCAAAACGAAUAAGCUAUGCACAUGAGAAAGAAAGAGAAUUGUACGAGUCGCUCAUUGCUUUGACAAAUUCUCGUCAAAGUGAAAUACAAAAAUUAAUCUUACAAGCAGUCGAUGAUAUUCAAGAAUCAUUAUUAGAUCAAGCUUGUUCGCUGGACAUAACAGCACAUUCAUUCGUAAUCGUGUACGUGCCGAGACGUAUUGAAUUGACCGAUGCAUUAACUGUGAAAACGGCACGUGAUUUGAAACGAUGCACAAGUAUUAUUCAAGAUUUUGUUCUUGAUCGAUUGAAUAGAGCCAUUGCUAAAAAGUUAUCAUCCUCAGUCAGUAUUUUGCAUCGAGAUUACGUGGGAACAUUAACACGUUGUAUUGAAAAUUUGGAAUUUAGUAAAGAUGAUGACGAGAAUCAAGCAUCCGCAAGCAAGGCUUUCCAAGAAAUACUUCAAUCUGCAUACCAAGUGAAUAUCUCGUUACCUACGAGUUCUAAUUUAUUUAAACUAUUAAUUGAUCGAAUGAAAGAACUUUUUCGAACAUUCAGCUGGAGUAAUUGUCCACGUAUUGAUCCCGAAUUUAAGCGUUCCGUGGCUGCGAAUAUGUUACAAAACUUGAGUGAAGUCAAGCUGGCAAAAAGCGUUUGCACGCAACUGAAUGAUCGUAUUCGUAUGUCACACAACAAUUUUGAAAAUUUACUCAAACAAUUAGAACAUCGACAUUCGGAUCGAUUGAAAACAACGGAAGACAAACAGCAACGUGUUAGAAAAGAUUUCACACCAAAAAUUGCUAGACAUCUAUUGGAAAGUACGUCACUGAAAGAUCUUAUUCAGUAUGGUCUACCGAAACAAGGUCGGGAAGUUGGCCGUGGACAGUAUGGAGUAGUUUACGAAUGUGAAAGUUGGGCUAAUCAACGUUCGUGUGUAUUAAAAUCUGUGAUUCCACCUGACGAUCGACAUUGGAAUGACUUGGCCUUGGAAUUUCACUAUCUAAGACAAAUUCCUGAACACCCAAGAAUAGUAAAAUUAGUCGGAUCGGUUAUUGACUAUACUUAUCGCGAUCAUACACCUGUACUACUGGUUAUGGAACGACUUACCAAAGAUUUAUAUACUGCACUAAAGAAUAAACUUUCUUUUCACGCAAGAAUACGCAUAGCAUUGGACGUUGUGGAAGGUUUGCGCUACUUACACGGCUUGGGUCUGGUUCAUCGAGAUAUCAAACUAAAGAAUGUAUUGUUGGAUGUAGACAAUCAUGCGCGUAUAACUGAUCUGGGCUUCUGUAAGCCUGAGGUUAUGAUGAGUGGCUCUCUCGUUGGCACGCCUAUUCAUAUGGCACCGGAAUUAUUCUCAUCUAAAUAUGAUCACACGGUAGAUGUUUAUGCAUUUGGAAUUUUAUUCUGGUAUAUAUGUUCGAAUGGUAUAAAAUUACCGAAUAACUUCGAUGUUUGUUCAUCAAAAGACGUUCUUUGGUCGAAAGUGAGACAAGGUGUUCGGCCUGAACGUUUGCCUAUCUUUACAGAAGAGUGUUGGGAAAUCAUGGCAAAAUGUUGGGAUCCUCAACCAUCCCAACGACCUUAUCUAGGUGAAGUUCAAGAGAAACUGGAACAAAUUUUCAGUAAAGCCGUUGCAACUGUGUAA